AUGGAUGUGGGUCAUGAGGUUUUCCUUCCCUAUGUGGAAGGCGAUGCAAAGUGGAUGAACAUUUUUUUCCUGCCGAUAGUUGAGGAUACUCUUGGUGAAGGGACUAGGGUGUGGCUUGGUCCAAAUGGGAUGAUGGUUGCGCUACUGCUCAUCCUCGAGAUGUGGUGGAUAAGUUUCAUAUUCUCCGAAAGCGUCGGAAUGGUAAGGCUCCCAGUCCUUAGGGUGAUAAGGUUCCUGAUCUUCAGAAUCACCAACCUCCUGGGUAAGGUGACGGGUGGGCUUUGGCAGAGGGCCAAGGUGAUCGACUCGUGGGUCGUUAAGAUCUACAAGAAUCGAGGUGGGUUUCUACCGGAGCUCCGAGAUUUGAUUCUUGUAGUCCUUGUAAAUCUUGGUUGGGGCAUGAGAUCGGUCCCUAGGCCUACGCUGUGUUGGAGUGCUAUGAAGGAAAAUGGCCAAUUGGCUCGGCAAGGUGCGCUUGAUACCUUAGGUGAUGUCAUGCUAAGGGAGUUGGUGCAACGUCAGCAUGAAGUCGCUCCACUUCUGCCUAGAGAUGCAUGUCAGUCGAAGGUUUCCUUCUGGAGGACUCCACAUGAGGGGUGUGCUGCUGAGUGUCAAGGCUAG